UACAAGCCUCCCUGCAACACACACGCUCACAGACACGGAAGCUGUGGUAAGUGCAACCUCCCUCAGACUGAGAUUUAAAAAUAGACCACCAUGGCAGGCCCAAAGAGUCACACAGAUGACUGGGCUCUAGCACCUUUCUCCAAUAAGCCACAGAAGAGUCAGCCUCAAAUUCUCUCUGCCGUUCUCUGGACCUCUCUCCUCUUCCUGCUCAUGGGACUAAGAGCCUCUGGAAAGGACGCAGCCCCAACAGUGGUAUCGGGAAUCCUGGGGGGUUCCAUCGCUCUCUCCCUAAACAUCUCAGAAGACACAGAGAUUGAGCACAUCACCUGGAGUGGUCCUAAAACCACUCUUAUUAUAGCAUACCCCGAAGGAAAGAUAACCCUUGUGGACAAAAGCUACCAGGGUCGACUAAACACCAGCUGGAGUUAUUCCCUGUACAUCAGCAACUUGACUGUGAAAGAUGCAGGAACUUACAAAGCCCAGAUAAACCAAAAGAAUUCUGAAGUCACCACAGAGAAGGAAUUCACCCUGCACAUCUAUGAGCAGCUGCAGGAGCCCCAAGUCACCAUGAAGUCCGCAAAGGUGUCUGAGAACUCCUGUAACAUCACCCUGAGGUGCUCCGUGGAGGGUGCAGAGAAAGAUGUUCUGUACAGCUGGACCCCAAGGGACACCCAUGCUUCUGAGUCCAAUGACAGUUCCAUUCUCACCAUCUUCCGAAUGCCCUGUCACCCAAACCCGGCAUAUACCUGCACAGCGCGAAACCCAGUCAGCAAGAACAGCUCCCGCCCUGUCCGUGCGGGGCAGUUCUGCACAGGUCCAGGAGCCUCCAGAAGAGGAGCAAUGGGGGAGACAGUGCUGGGGAUCCUGGGAGAACCCGUCACCUUGCCACUGGCACUCUCGGCCAGUCAGGACAUAGACAAUGUUGUCUGGAUGUUUAACACGUCUGUUAUCAGCAAAGGGCAGGGAGAAGCAGCGACAAUAGAUCCGCUCAUUAAAUCCAGGGAUCCUUUCAAGAACAGAGUGUGGGUCUCUGGCCGGGACCACUCCCUGAAGAUAGACCCGCUGAAGAUGGAGGAUGCUGGCCUCUACCAUGCCUACGUGUGCUCGAAGGCCUCCAGAGUCACCAGCAUGACACACAUCACCCUGCUCAUCUACCGGAGGCUGGCCAGGCCGAAAGUCACCUGGAGCCUCGGGCAGGCCAAGGACGGCAUCUGCAGGAUCAGUCUGACCUGCUCGGUGGAGGACGGGGGGAACAACGUGACGUACACGUGGGCCCCGCUGCCAAAGGGAGCUCUUGUGUCCCAAGGGGGAUCUCGCCUCAGCAUCGCAUGGAGAAGUGGCGAAAACCACCCCAACGUCACGUGCACAGCCAGCAACCCCGUCAGCAGCAGCUCCAGCCAGUUUCUUUCUGAGAACGUCUGUCCAGGGCCCGAGAGUCAGGUGAAGUCGUGGAUCGUGCUUUCCCUGGUGGUUUUCCUUCUGUGCUUUGGGAUCUUCAGCUGGUGCCUUUGGAGGCACAAAAGACAGUGUUCAGCCCCAGCCUUCCGUUCCAGCCCAGUUGAGGCCCCAGCUGUCACACCAGAACCCACGGCUGGCCACACGGUGUACUCCAUGCUCUCCCACGGGCACGAGAAGCUGGACUCUUCCGAUAAGCCUGCCAGGCAACAGCCCAGGCCCACCUCAGACAGCAGCUCUGACAGCAACAUCACGACUGAGGAGGACGAGGAGAGGCCCGAGACGCACAAGCCUGUCAAUGGAAGAGACGCUGGACAUGACUCAGCCUCCCAGGGCCAAGCAGAGUAUGAUCUCGUUGCUCCAAAUGACACAGCGGCUGAGUCUGUGGUCGAAGGGGGCACAGUGUAUAUGCAGGUGUUCUUCAGUUCACAGGGACAGACCCCACUUCCUCAGAAGAGAGACAGCUCAGCCACAAUCUACGACUCUGUGCAGAAAUCUCAGACGGUAGUGCCACCACCACAAGAGAAUAAUCUUGAGUCUCCUGAAAUCCCUACCUAUGAAAAUUUAACCUGAAAGGAAAAGCAGCUGCUGCCUCUCUCCUGGUUAAGGGUUGGAGAGGCAGCUGGACCACGUAGGGCCUGGGGCUCUGCAGACAGAAGCACUUCAGAAUUUCCUUCAGUCCUUCAGAGAUGCCUGGAUCAGACGCCCCCCCUUUCUUCUCACCCUUGUGGCCUCCCAAGCCCGUUAAUAGUUCAGACACAGGCUCCAAAGCCUAUGGGCUUAGAUGCCUUUGCUCAAUUUGUCUCCUUGUAUACUCAUAGCAUUUCCUUCUCAAGUUUCUGCCCAGGCUGGUCAGAUGUUGGAGAGGACCUGUCCUGAUCAUCCUUUACACCUUCUUCUAAGCAGCUGCUAAAACGAAUCAAACAUUCUCACACAUGGGCACAAAGAUCUAUGUAAAAUGAGGUUCACUGUAGUAUUGUUUAAAAUAAAAGCCAGGGAACACCUAAAUGCCCAUUUAGUGAAAGUCCAGUUAAAUACAUGAUAGUAUACCCAGCCAGUGGCAAACCCUGCCACUUGUAAAGAAAGCAAGGACUAACAUGUGCUAAUAUGAAAUAAGCUCUAGGAUACAUCGUGGAGUGGGAAGAACAAAGUCCAAGACAGUGUGUAUUAUAUGCUGCCACUUGGAUUAGGAAAAAUGUGCAUCUCUAUGCUUAUAUGGGCAUGGAAAAGUUCUGGGGGGAAAUAUAAAAAAAACAUUAGUUGCUGCCUCUGGAAGGAACUGGGAAUCUCAAGUCAAGAAGUAAACAUUUUUUACGACAUAAUUUUGUACUGCUGGACUUUUUGAAACUAUAUGUAUGUGUUACUCUUUUGAUAUUUCUUAAAAGUGCUUAAAAUGCCUGUUUCAUAUUUACCCAAAAGAACUUCCUUCCUUAUUUUACAUUCUGGAUGCAGAACAGCCACAGUAACUCUACAUAAAAUGUGGCCACAGCCCAGUCACCCUGCCUGUAAGAUGCCCCAAACUUGGCUUAUAUUCAAGAUACUCUUGUGUACGUUUGUAUUGCAAGCAUCUUGCAGCCUAUCGCUGUCCUUUAAUGUUGUGCUCCCGCUGUCAUGCUCUCCUGCACCUGGCCCUGGAGCAAGUGUGGCUUCUGGGGCCUCCAGUGAGUCCUCCCAGGAGUUCGGGUAGUGCUCCACUCAGUAGGAGCUGAAUUGCUGCUUGCGCACUUACUGGCUUUUUGCACGGAUAAUUACCUUUGCGGGACAUUAUCACAGAAGCUCAACAAUCAGACACGCAAUAUGAUAAUGUUGUAUAUCUUACAUUCCAGAAUAGAGCAUCCAAAAAAUGUUCUGGGCCCAUCGGGUCUUUCCUGCCCCUUCAAUAAAUAUAACCAGUUCAAGAUCUACAAGACACAGGACAGGUGAGAGGCCAGUAGCAGUCAAUAGUCAGUGUCCCUGGUGUUCAUCUGGACUGUUUCUGACCUCAGUCAUUUCCUGUUACCUCCGCUCACCAAACUUCUUGACUCUGCCACUCAGCUCCCAAGACCUGCCUCGGGCCCCCAUACUCCUUUGGAAUACAUUUCCCUGAUUUUAAAGUUUGGCACUUGCUUUAAGAUGUGGUCUAUCCACACUCCUUCCAGGAGGAAGCCAGCCUGGUCAGCCGCACAGUUUCCAGAGUGGAGAUACCAAGCAGGGUAUGGGCAAGUGCAUGCCUGGGCUACCCUUCAAGAGGCUCUCUGCUGUCCCAUUGUGAACAAGUCUGGGGGACGCUGAUGGCUCACCUGGAAGCCAGACCCUUAUGGAGCAGAAUUGAAACAGACAUUUGUUUAUGAUGGCCCACAAGUGCCCUUUGGUCUUUUGUGAACCUUUCCACCUGUUCUCAUCUGAUCUGUAGAUUGGAAGGUAUUAUUUAACAGCCUGGCUCUGAUAAUGGCUGUUAGAAUAUGGAGAAGAUACACAAAUUUCAUUCAGACAAGGGAUUUGGACUACCUCUGCAUAACACUGCAGAAUUUAUAUUAAACUUCUAUGUUAAAUACAGAGUGGGGCACUUGAAGAUCCAGGCUCAGUGUGCUAUCACCUAUUGGGGUCUCUGAGUAAGCCCUCUCCCAGUUCACCUUCGUCCUUGCCUGGGCUCAGCCAGAGUCUCAGCCCUGCUCCCCAUAGCCUUGUUGAAGGGUCUGGCCUGAAGGCCCAGGGAACCCAGCACAGGGUCUAGUACCCAGUGGCCUCAUAUUCAGCCCCCAGCUGCCUGGGCCCCCCCCAAGCAUGCACCAUGGGAGCACUCUCAGGACUCGGGACUUAAGUAGAAUAUGGUUUCCGAGAGGCCUCUUCUUCUGUGAAGCUACUUCUAUGAAGAAGCCAAAAUAGAUUUCUAAUAACGUGACUUUGUAAAUCCAACUGUGGACACACUGUACCACACUGUAGACAAAGCUGGUCCUGCCAGCAGAUUAUCAGGACGGCAUGCGCUUGGGCAGUUUUUCAACUCGGAGAUGGUUUUGCUUCAUACCAUCUACUCUUGCUUCCACACGUUCCCCUGGUGACCAACUAGCCAGAGGUAAAGGUGUGAGGGUGGGGCUGUAGCUUUUUCUCUGCAUUUGAGUACAGCCCCACAGAGAAGCUGCCAGCACGCUCACAGCCACACAGUCCGGCCCCACAGAAGAGGGUCUUUCUUCUUCCCCCAUGUCACCAUCCUCUGUCCUUCCUCUUGUGUUGGAAGAU